UUGUAUAUUAGUUCAUCAUAUAGGAUUAUACUUCGUUUUCUCUCAGCCGCUUCCGGGUGUGCCUGAUGUUGUGGUGUGGUGGUGGUGUGGUGGCGAUGGCAUGUGGAUUUUUAUUGCUUUCUUGUGUACAUUCAAAGCUAACACACCAGCAGCAUUCUACGUGGACUCGCUUUCAAGCAAUUACUUUCAAAAAGAAGACCACGGUCUACUUUCUUGGCUUCCCGCGCAAGAGAGAGUGGCUGCAAUUGCAUACGGUUUUGUCACUGAGGAUGAGCUCAAGCCUGGUGCUUCUCUUGAGUUUCAAGAGGUAAUGGAAACCACCUCUUUCGUCUGUUCUGGGGACGAUCCCAGAACAACUCUGGACCAUCUUUUCCUCGCCAGGCCUUUACCCUUUGCAUCUCUAAAGCGGCGCAAACUUAGCCAGAGGAUUCCCGCUCAGGCGCAGAUAGCAAAGGGUAAAGGCAACGAAGCUUUGACGAUGACAAGUACUCAUAAUCGUUUCUCUUGUUGCAAUUUAUUGAUUCAAAUAGGGCUGAACAUCUUCGCGGUUCUUUACCAAAGCAAAGCACAACGAAAACGCGCUUCUUUGCGUAGAGAAACAAGAAUGCGUGGGCAAGUCAAGUUUCAAAAGUGCCAAAGCUCAAGGUGGAAUACAUGGUCUGCCGAGAAUGGUCUUGUCUCUUUAGGUAGCAUCAUAUAG